AUGAUGGAUUACAGUGGAGAUGUUAUGGACAUUGAAGGAGAUGACUUGUUAAUAAAUCAUAUGAAAUAUAAUGGGAAGAAUAAAAGUUAUAAUGUUUAUUCAUUAAAAUUAAAAUCGAAAAGUGAUAAAUCAAAAUAUUAUGAAAUUACGAAUUCGUUAACAUCAGAAAUAUUUAUGAAAGGAUAUUUAAACAACAAUACAGAUUUAAUUCUUCUAUCGGAUUAUCUAUUUUCUAUGUAUGAUAAUGAAAAAAAAAAAAAAUACACAUUAAUAAAUUUGAACGAUUGUGAACCAAGCGAUUUUGUAUAUUUUAAAAAAAAUAUUAUAUUUAUACAAAAAAAUAAAUUUUCAUUAUUUCAAGCAAAGACAAGUGGAAAAUGUAAUAUCAUGUUAAAUUUGAAAGAUCCACCUAUAAAAGUCAAUUUCUGUUCAGAUCAGAAAAAUAUGAUAUAUGUAAGUACUAAAAGUAGGUUAUAUUUUUUAAAAUUAUUACAUUUUAAGGAUAAAACUAUAAAAGUGAGAAACACCAGUAUGAGUCUACCUGCAAAAAACAGACAAGAAGAGCAUGUAUAUCAUUCUUACAAAAAUGAAAGUGCACAAAUGAAAAGUGAAUAUAAAGAAGUUAUACAUGUAUGUAGUUAUUCUUAUAAAGAUGCAACUGUAUACAAAUUUGUAAAAGGAGAAAUAAAAAAUAAAAAAAAGUGCCUAAUAAAGUUGGAUAUAAACAUGUUAAAUAAUGAAUAUAUAAAAGGAGCAUUUUUUUUUAAAAUCAAACAUGCUUCAAAGAUUAACAACAAUGAAUGUGAAGUACGCCCUGUUUUGGCAUCUGAGAAAAGUUCAUUGCAUUCUGUCAAAGUUGGUGAUGAAAAAGAACCCAAAGUAAUUAUCCUACCCGAUGAAGAAAUGACAAAUGGACAAAACUGUCAUGAUGAUUCGAGUAAUCAUAAUGAAGAUAUAAGCCCAUUAGAGGAGAAGCCUCAUAAUUUCCAGGACAAUUCAACAGACCAAAUCAUGACAGAAGAAGAAAUAAACAAUCCCAACUGUUUAAACUCAAAGGUAUGUAACAGUGAUAGCAAAAUAGAUGAAAAGAAUUCAAUUAUUACAGAAGAUCUUGUAAGUAACACUUGUGAAACAGUGGAAGAAGGUACUUUAAAGUUAUACCUUCUAAUAUACAGUGAGAGUGGAAAGGUACUAAUAUACUUUAUUGAUUAUUUGAAUGUAUCUGAUUUUAAAUUUGGACUUGUACAUGUUUGUAAAAGUCCUUUGGCCCAUAUAAUAUUGCCAUUCAAAAUAAUGCACAUAUAUAACGUAUCUGAUAUAUUUUUAAAAAGAGUUAUAAAACAGAAAAAUAUCAUAAAAAAGAAAAAAGAAAAAUCACAUAAUUUUAAUAAAUAUAUGCUACAUAUUGUUAAUAAACAUUUAUACAUAAAUAAUAACUUUUUUAUGGAUACAAUUAUCAUGAAUGAAAAAUCAGCAGUUGUUUAUACAAUUCAAAUUCAUCAUGAUUUUUUAUCUGUUCCUGAAAAGUUUGAUAAACCGUUACUUUUAAAAGUAAUGAAUUCGAAUGACAAAAUUGUGGCAAUUAAGGAUGUAGAAGAUAAUCAAAUGAAAAAAAAUAUCAUUAACAAAAUUUUGAAUGAAUCCAAAUUUUCUAUUUAUUCAGAUAGUGAUUCAUACAUAGAUAGUGAUAUCACAUGGAAUGAUGAAAGUAGCCAAACAGAUAGUUGUGAUGAUGAGAAAUCCGAUUGUAGUUAUUAUGAUCGGGUGGUAUGCCAUGAUCAUCUAAACAUAGAUGUACAUCCAAAUGACUCUAAAUUCAAGAAUGUUGACAAUGUACAAUACACCAUGGGUUUGCACUUAUCGGAUGAGAAAACACGUCUAAUAGAAAUUGUUACAAAUGAACAAGGAAUGAAUAAAUCUCAAAAUAGAGAAAAUAGCAAUAUGCAUAACGAUGAAACUCUACUUAAGGAAGAACCCACCAGUGGAAGUAAUCACCACCAAGCGCAACUUGUAAAAAGGGUUGAAGAAGGUGAUGACAAAACCCCAGAAAAAAAUGACGAAGAUGAGGUUACUACAAGUGUAUCAAAACAUGAUGGAAGUUUAUCCAGUUCGACGCAUAGAAAAAAUAGGGUUCAUACUUCAUGUAAUUCUACACCCUCUAUGGAGGAAUGUGAGAGUUUGCAGGUAUCCAGGACGGACGACAUGCAUGGAAAGGCCCACGAAGGGGAAGGAGAAGCAGACGAAGGGGAAGGAGAAGCAGAAGAAGGGGAAGAAGAAGCAGAUGAAGGGGAAGGAGAAGCAGAUGAAGGGGAAGAAGAAGCAGACGAAGGGGAAGGAGAAGCAGAUGAAGGGGAAGGAGAAGCAGAUGAAGGGGAAGGAGAAGCAGAUGAAGAGGGAGUAGAAACACACGAAGAACCGAAUAACAUGAAAACACAAAAUAAAAAGGGAGAUAUAGAGAGAAAAAAGGAAAAUAAGACAACGGAUAGAAGCAAAAAUGAUUCUGAAAAAAUGAUAAGAGAACAAAGUGAAAAUACAAAGGAAAGAGAUGAUGAUAGGGGGAAGAGAAAAAUGAAGAACGAAAAAAAUAUACAAGAGGAUGAGAAUACAAUGCAUGAUUUUUUGGAAUGUGGAAAUAUAAAGAAACCUAAAGUAGAAGAAAAUGUAUCGAACGAAAUAUCAAUUAAUAAAAAAACAAUCAAAACUGCUGAAGAUUGUUUUAACGAUAUAGACAGUCAUUCCGAUAACGAAUGGAAAAACCCAAACGAUGAAAAUUUAACUACCGUCAGGGACAAAUUUAUAGGAUUAUCCUCCAUGCUUAAAUUAAACAUGUCACUAAGAAGGUACAAUAAGCUUACUCAAUUGGUUAAUAUAAAGGAUAAAAAAUUGAUUAAAGAAACAAUUGUCAAUAUAGGGAAAAAAUAUGCCAUCAAACUACUGGAAUUUCUUUUGAAUUCGUUAAUGCGAAAUAGAUUUUUUUUAAAUACCUUUUUUUUUUGGAUUAAAGCCAUAUGCAAAGAAUAUAAAGAUACACUGAAAGGAAAAAAAUAUCGUAGAUUAGUCACCAAAAUAUCUCUCAUUGCAGAAAAUAAUUUAAAGAAUGAAUAUAUAAUAAAGCAUGCUUUAAAAAAAAUUGAUUUUACUAUUGACCACAUAGGAAAAAAUAAAAUUUUCGACUGUGAAGAGAUUUUAAAUUAUAGAGAUGGAACUAUCAUGAAAUGA